CCAGUCGACGUCGCGACACUCGUCGGUGCGGAUAAACGCGCUUGUCUCUCUGCGACACUUUUUAGCUUCCGGCUCGUCGGUUAUUAAAUUCUAUGUGACCGGUAUGGCGUCGACGCGAUGCCGCGCACUGUUUGCUUACGGCCACGAGGAGCUCGUGCCCGUGUGCGCGAGAUACCGAUCAAGCGUUCGUGGAUGCGCACAGUCGUUAGUCACCCGGCGCGCAUUCGCGAGUGUCCGAUUUCUCGCGGCUGACUUUACGCGAACAAUCAUCGGCCAGUCAUCGAGUACUGUGCGUGUACAGUAAAAGCGCCGCUCGCAGUGGCUUCGACGCAGUGUCCGCAGCGGGUGUGCAAUAUCGAAACGGCGAGUCGCCAGGGUCGAGCGGAGAUUGCCGAUGUACAGCCGAUCGAUAUAGCUGCCAGGAAGCGUUAAAAAAAUUAAAAACACCGUCAGAUCGCUUUGCUAACCGCCUAUUAUAAUACAGCUACGACGAGAGGCUCUCCGGAAGGCGAGACAGUACGUAGUAUAGUGAAGUAAAGUGUCGAGGAAGAAGCCGAACGAGGAUGGACUCUACUAUUAUACCUCGCGGCCAAGGCUGCGCGCUGACGACCCUUGAUUCAUAAUACACGACUCUAGCUGCGUUGUAAUAAGCUGGCAUUGAUUCCCGACUCGCUGCGCGGGCAGAGAUACGGCGACGGUAUAUUGCAGGACGCAUUGAAAGCCCGAGUGUGGCUGAUACUCGUCCCUAUACAGCGCUAGCAACCGAUUUUCGAACCCGCCGAGCACCAUUCCGCGCAAACGCAUCGGGUUCGGCAACAAUCGUCCGAGCUUCUCCCGGAGUUCGUUCCGGCUGGGCGGCCGUCCACUGGGCAGCAGAAUGACGGAGGACCCGGAGGGCGACCAGCAGCUGCUGCAGCUGGAGGAUGACGCGCAGGAGCCGAAAACCGAUCGGGCCGAGUCGCCGGCCAGCGACGUCGUCGGUUCGAUCGGCUCGGCCGGAGCCACUUCCACCACGACUUCGGCCAAUGGCUCGGAACACGAGGAGGACGAGCAGCAGCAGGAGCCGCACCUGACGAAGGUCGUCGCCGCGGCGGCCAAGGCGGCGGCGUUCGAGAAUCGGAAAUUCAGCAUCCACAGGGAUCUCAGCAAGAACAACAUGACUUACGAGGUGGACAAAAACGGACUGCUUCUGCCGCCCUCGAGCCAGAGGUACGAGCUGGGGGACAGCGACCAGGACGAGGAGCCGCAUUGCCAGGAGAGACAGCCGCACAGUCCCAGGAUCACCAGGAGGCUCUCCUCCAGGGCCAGCGUCUACCCGUCCAGGGUCUCGACCAUCUCCAGAGAAGCUUUCGGUCCAAAGCUGGGCUCGCAGGACGGCUCGCUGUCCGCCUCGCACACGACGAUAUUUCCCGGCUCGGAGGAGGGAGAGUUCGAGAAGACCGGGGAUUUUCACGGCGUGAGUCCGACGACUUCCGCCCUACUCGGCCCCAACGCCAAGGGCAACGAUGACUUUCCCGCCGAUUUCGAGUACGACACGCUCUUCUUUCGAGAUGGCCGGCGAAGGAUCGACAUGGUCCUGGUGUACCGGGACGAUACCGGGGGCGUGAUGACGGAACAGGAGGCGAGGAAUCGGGAGCAGCGGCGGGUCUUCGAGCAGAAUCUGCUGAAGGAGGGUCUGCAGAUGGAAUUGGAACCCGCGGAGAUGUCGUUCGACGGGAGGACGAAUUUUCUCAAGCUGCACAUACCCUGGAAGGUCAAGGUCCAGUACGCCGAGGUCAUGAACAUCAAGCUGCCCUGCAAGAGGUUUAUCACCAUUUCCGUCAAGGCCUGGGACGAGGAGAACGCGAAGGGCAAAGGCAAGUCCUGGAAGCGAUGGAUGCGCUGUCUCAAUUGGGUGCGCAGCAUACAUCUGUGGGACACCAGCAAGUAUCCGGAGGAGCCGAGCUUUUACGAGAGCGCCGAUCCCGGCGACAGGGAAGAAAGGUUCGUAGUGAAGGACCGCGACACAGCCUUCACCCCAGCUCAGCGUUCGCUCAUCGUCAUGCAGAUCCUGCUUCGAGCGCGUUACGACGAGGUCCACGAGAAAGCUGGGAUCCGGAGGCUCCUGGCCGACGGCGCCUACGUCGACUGUUUCUCGCUGCACGAGGGCGUCUACAACAAACCCGCCAGCAACGGACAGAUCCUCGACAGAUACCUCCUCUACCUCAUCUGGGCUCGACCGGGACAGUGGUACAAGAAGCAACCCCUCUGGCUGAUCCGGCGUUACUUUGGCGAGAAGGUCGCCCUGUACUUCGGCUGGCUGGGCUUCUACACGCGAGCGCUGUAUCCCCCGGCGAUUGUCGGUCUGCUCUGCUUCUUCUACGGACUGGGCAGCAUGGAGGGCGCCGACAACGUGCCUAGCAAAGAGAUUUGCGACUCCAAGUUGGCGGGCAACAUAACGAUCUGCCCGCUGUGCGACAAGGCCUGUCCCUACACGAAACUCGGGGACUCCUGCCUCUUCGCCAGACUGACCUAUCUCUUCGAUAACCCUUCGACCGUCUUCUUUGCCAUUUUCAUGUCCUUCUGGGCGACGACGUUCCUGGAGAUGUGGAAGCGGCGCCAGGCGGUGCUGGCCUGGGAAUGGGACCUGCAGGACGGCGAGGGCGACGAGGAGCCGAGACCAGAGUUCGAGGCGAGCGUCAAGACGUUCCGAAUCAAUCCGGUCACUCGAGAGCGCGAGCCGUAUCUGCCCGUCUGGUCCAGGACUCUGAGAUACGUCGCCACCGGAUCCAUCGUCUUUUUCAUGAUCUGCGUAGUCUUGGGAGCAGUGCUGGGCACGAUAAUCUACAGGAUAUCGCUGGUAGCUGUGUUCCACGGUGGCGGCUACUUUCUCAAGCGCCACGCCAAGAUCUUCACGUCCCUCACGGCGGCCUUCAUCAACUUGAUCAUCAUCAUGAUACUGACGAGGAUCUACCAGAAGUUGGCCCGUUGGAUGGUCAACAUGGAGAAUCCAAGGACGCAGACCGAGUACGAGGCCAGCUUCACCUUCAAGAUCUUCCUCUUCGAGUUCGUUAACUUUUACUCCUCGCUCAUCUACAUCGCCUUUUUCAAGGGAAGAUUCUACGUGCAUCCGGGCGACGCGGAAUCCCGUUCCUCCGAGUUCUACCGCAUAAGAACGGACGUGUGCGACGCCUCGGGAUGCCUCUCCGAAGUCUGUAUCCAGCUGGCAAUCAUCAUGAUCGGCAAGCAGGUCUUCAACAACUUCGUCGAGAUUCUGUCGCCGAAGCUGUGGAACUGGUGGCGCAAGAGAACCCACGUGGCGGCCACCAAGGACCAGUCGAGGCCCUACACCAGCUGGGAACAAGACUACCAGCUUCAGGAUCCCGGGAGAUUGGCGCUGUUCGACGAGUAUCUGGAAAUGAUAAUCCAGUACGGAUUCGUGACGCUAUUCGUGGCGGCAUUCCCACUGGCCCCGCUGUUCGCUCUGCUGAACAACAUCGCCGAGAUUCGAUUGGACGCCUACAAGAUGGUCAAGGAGGCGCGCAGACCCUUGGCCGAGAGGGUCGAGGACAUCGGCGCCUGGUACGGAAUACUCAAGGGCGUCACCUAUGCCGCCGUUGUUUCCAACGCAUUCGUGAUAGCCUACACGUCGGACUUCAUACCGCGCACGGUCUACGCUUUCGUCUACUCGCCGACGGACGACCUGGUGGGUUACAUCGACAGCUCGCUGUCCGAGUUCAACACGUCGCACUACACGGCAGACAUGCGGAGCGAGGAGGAUCAGCAAAGGGCCCCGCCGACCUGCCAGUAUCGAGGCUAUCGCAAUGGGCCCGAUCACAAGGAAGACCCUUACGGACUCAGUCCCCAGUACUGGCACGUCUUCGCUGCGAGGCUCGCUUUCGUCGUUGUCUUCGAGCAUAUUGUGUUCGCCCUGACCGGAAUAAUGAGCUACAUCAUCCCAGAGGUUCCCCGCUCGGUAGCAACGCAACGGCAACGCGAGCGUCUCCUCGCCCAGGAGGCCAAGUACGAGAAGGGCGUGAAGGGCCACGAGGAUGAAGAGGACCUCCUAUCGGUUCUCCGCGAAGCCGGUCUCGGUGGGGGUCGAGCCACCGGAGCAAGAGGCAGCUGGGCCCGACGCUUCAGCAAACUCAGCGAUGGCCUCGAUGCUCACGUCGACGUACCAGCCGUCUCUCGGCAACAUCAUCACGCCAACAACAAGAGCGGCGACGGCUCUACCGUCUGGGAAGUCACCUGAGUGAGUGAGAGCCUAGACGAGUAGACCAAACUGGAUAUCCUAUGCCAAGUUGCAGUUACCGCGAUGUGUGUAAAGAAGUAACGUGCUGUUGAGUUUUCGAUGCGUGAAUGAGUGUAUGAAUUUUCGAGGAUUCCGAUUGUUGCUAUUUUGAUAUAAUGAUACACAUUGUGCAUAACUAUACAUAUAGAUAUGUAUUUUGUUGAGUUCGAAAUCAGUAGUCACGAGAGAGUCGUUAAACUUUUUGAUAGAUUGCCAAGAUCCGUUAUUACAGCGGAAGCCUAAAAUUUAUUUUAUUCGUAUAGUUGGAUUUUCGUAAUGGCCGAGGCUAUCGUUGUUAAUAAGAUGCAAAUUCGUGGUGAAACUGUACACGGAUUUACCUAUACCGUUGAAACACUAAGUUGUUAUAGCUUGACAUUGACAGCGUGUCCUUGAUUGUUAAUGCGUCUCCCAAACGUUACGUACGUAAUUUGAUUGCUAUAGUCUUCGAGAGGCCUUUUUCAUAAAUUUUUGCAUUGUAUCUGGUAGUGCGGAAACUGCAACAUAUUUCUUCGUCUGAUAAACAGUUUUACAUUUACUACAUAUUAACAAUACAAUUUCAAGUAGAAGUAAGAUUUCGUAAGAUGAGAUAUAUUGAGAGAAAAAGUGUUAUUCUCGAUGUAAAUACUUUAGUGAUGCUAAACAUUUUGUAGACUGUUAUUUAUGUGUAGACACUGUUUCCCUUCUCACUUCGACCUGUACAUGGUAAACUGUUAGUCGUUAAAUUUUUUAUCAUGUGUAUGUAAAAAUUUAGAAAUGAUGUUCAACGAUAGAUACAGCUACUUUCGAGGGCCAUUUGUUACAAGCAGGAGAUGUAGAAUGCAAACACGCUGGGGUACUACACAAUAUACUCUUUAUUAUUUCACAUAUCUCAAUAUUUCUUUUUUUUUCUAUCGACAGAAAUUUAUUUAUAUAACAAUAUACAUGUACAUAAUUCCUUCGUCGCUGCAAUAUCGAUUCCACUUUACUGUGUGCCUUAAAUGGCGAUGACGAAAAAUAAAAAAGGACUACCAUAUCGACGACUUCUAAUACGAGUUGCGAGUACGGACUCUAUAAUAUAGAUAUAUUAUAUAUUAUAUUCUUAACUUGAGUGUGUUUGUGUACCGGGGCUCGUAGAAGCCGUUAAUAUGAGAAAUGAGUUCGUUGAACCAAGAGCCGAACGCUACAGACGCUCGUAACGAAGCGUUUCGCGUGUUCGCAUUUAAUCGAUUAAAAAUAAGUGUUUAAUUCAAUAGUAGCUGUGGCGACGAUGUGAUGCAACGGCACAGAGUCGAGGCCGGCGUUGUGUUCGACGUUAAUAGAAAAGAAAUAAUAGUUACCAUUAAUUGUAAAAUAUUAAUUGUAAAAAUAAAUGAACAAUGGUGAUGACAUUUAAUGACAACGACGAUAAA